AUGGGGCGCUCAGCCGGGGCUGCCAGCGCUGUCGUCAAAGAAAGGUCAAGAAAGCCCGCUUGUCUGAAAUGCGAGAAGCUGGGUAGCGAGUGCCCGGGCUACCGGGAUCUCAACAACUUUCUGUUUCGCGAUGAGUCCGGCCGGACUAUCCGGAGGGCCCGCAAAACGCGUCAAGUCCAGGACAUUGCCGAACAAGCAGCUCUCAUAUGCGCGGACGCAUACUCCUCCAAUUUGGGUCUUCAAGUACCGGAGCGCAGCUCAUCCCUCGUCUCUCCAGUCCUUGCUCUUGGACACCUCCCCUGCUCCCUCGUUCAACCCGCCACUGAGCUCGGGGCCUGCUUCUUCUUCACGAAAUAUGCCUUUCACGAGCCUCCCUUCUCUUUCGAUUAUCAUGACUGGCUCUCUCGAUGCUAUGUUGAUGGCAGCUCUCGCCAGGUCCUGCGCAAGGCAAUUGAAGCGGUCGGUAUGGCUGGCAUAUCCAAUGUCUCUCCCUCAUCGAGUAUUGCAUCCAAAGCUAGUAGGGGGUACUGCGAUGCCUUGGCGGCUAUCCACCAAGCCUUGAAUGACCCGGUCGAGGCAGUCUCAGAUGCGACCUUGAUGGCUGUUAUACUUCUCUGUCUGUACGAGACGAGCAACACGAGACAGCGUUGGCAGAGCCGUCAGGUCGCUAGUCCGGCGUCCAUCUCUGAGAUCUCUUUCCGGCUCGUCAACUUCUGGGCCGCUUUCAAAAACGGCGAGAUCCAGAAUCCCUUUGCUAUCCGUGCCACGGCCUUGGACUUAGACGAGGACAUGCGCGCCUGGAAAGCAGCUGUGCCAUCUAACUGGCUUUACUACAGUAUGAAGAGCAAUGUCGCUGACACGAGUCUCUUUGAUGGACAACAACACGUCUAUCGUACGUUAUGGACGGCAGAAGUCUGGAACAACUGGCGCAUCAUGCGGGUCCUGGCCAACCAGAUUCUCUUGCAGAAUGACCUACGGGUACCCUUGUUGACCCCAGGCGAGAAGUCGGCAAUUAUUUCCACUAUCCAGGAGUGCUCGGCAGACCUGUGCACUGCAUCUGCAGUCUUCAUGGGCACACCGAGAGCCAUCUCACUCAUCUCGCAGCUAUAUGUGGUUGCCAUGGAGAAGCAGAAUACCGAUAAGAUACGCCUAUUUGCUCUGGGACAACUGCGCAAGAUCGCCACUUCAAUGGGCAUUCGCCAGGCCGGGCUCCUGGCCGAGACUGUAUCGAAGAAUCUCCGUGGAGAGCCUGGAGGCUUCGACUAUGAGACCUCGCGAUACGCGAUUCCCUUGGUCAGCCUCGAAAAUGACGCAGAGUGA